UCACUGGUUCAUCAAGUCUAUGUUUUAAACAUGGCGUCGAAAUUAAAAUAUGACAGUUUGCCGGUGGGAUUAAAGAAAAUAUCUCGUCCUGUCAUUAGCUCUGACAUUAUGGGAAACAGAAAUGUUGAGAUACGACCCGUCGGCGCAUGGGUGCAGCCAGCAGCCGUUGGUGGAUACACAAGAGAACCGAAUGCAAUAGCAUCAGCUAGAGAAGAAGAAGAAAGAAUCAGUAAUAUUCAGCGUGAGAAACAAAAGAGAAUACGACAGUUUCACGAAGAUGUGAAGCGUAGAGUAAAGACAAUGGAUCGAAUAAGAAAACAGCAAGAGAUGGAUCAAAAUAUCCAAGAUCUAGAAGAAGAAAGACUGAUAUUCAGACACAGUGUUCAAAUGGGCAAUAAAACAGUUAAAGGCAAUAAAAAAACCAACUGUUCCGUCAGGAAAAAUGACGACCAUUCUAUUCAACAAGCCAUCGGUGGUAAUAAAUCAAGAAAAGGUUCAUCAAGAUUAAAGAAAAAUGAUGAAUUAACAGAUUUAAUAUUUACAGAUCAAACUAAUCAGAUACGUCAGUUUACAAGUGAAGCUAGAAGAAAAUUAGGAGGUAAAAAAACGCUGGAGGAGGAAGAUGAGAUAACAGGAUGUUCCCGUCGUAAAACGAGAGAUCCAUCUCCACAAAGACCUUUACGUGAUACACUGGGUCUGACUAUAUUAACAAAAGAUCACAGACAGAUACCUGAUAUUGGUUGGGAUGAGGAGAUUAACGAGGGGGAGGAGGAGAAUUUACAAGAUGGAGAUGAUCAGGAGGAUGUUAUAGAAACCAGACAAAUUAAAUCAGUCCAUUUUAAAACGUCACCUGAAUAUCAAAUAGAAAAUACAUUUACACAACCAGUUCACAGAUCUAGAGUAAAACCAUCAGUUAAAGUACCAUGUAUAUAUAAUGGUGUUAUUAAAGAAGAGGAGAAGAGAAGGAAGAAAUGUCAUCAAGCUAUGUAUAGAAAGAUGUUUAUGGAUGUCGAGAGAGAACAGGUUAAAGAGAAUAUCAGGAAAAGAGAACAUAAAAAGAAAAUUCACUUAUUAAAGAAAGAAAAGGAGUUAGAGCGAAAGGAAGAAGAAGAACAGGCCCUACGAUUGGUUGAACCAAGAGACCCUGUAACAGGGGAGACAACUGCUGAAACGAUGUUAAGAGACAGACUUGAAGAGACACAGAUUAAAGAUACGAUAGAACAACAUGAACAACAGAGACGCAAAAUAAAAGAAACAGAAAGAUAUUUAGAAGCCUUACAGCAUAACUUGCGUCGUAAGAUUGAGAAGAAAGGAAUAAUAUUACCCCCAUUAUGUUGCUGUGCUGAAACUGCUUGGGACACUAAUCCAGACACAUGUGCUAAUAAUUGUGUUUUCUACAAAAAUCCUAAAGCUUAUGCCAAAGCGUUACAUUCCCUACUUGUGUCAUGUCAAGUAGUCUGACAAUAGAAGUCUUACAGUAUUAUUGUGUCGAGUAGACUUAACUAUAGAUGUCUUACAGUUUUAUUGUGUAAAGUUGAAACAAAUAUUAGUUCAGAUUUUACAAUUUAUUUUUUGAAAUUACCAAUUGAGAUGCAUUUCCCAGACAGAUGAAAUUUUAAAAAACCCCAUAAAAACAGGACUCAGUUCUGUAAAAUACACUUAUAUCAGCCAGUAUAAUAAACAGUAAUUAUAAGGGGUGGAUCCAGACACUUUGGAUGGAGGGGGAGGGAUGUGUGUGCAUAGGAGAUAAAGCUGCAAGCAAAGCACACAAUGGGGUGUCUGGGUGACCUCCCCUGGAGAAUUUUAAAAAUUAGAAGCACUGAAAUGCCAUUCCCACUGAUCUGAGACAAGAAUCUGGUUCUAAAUUAAUGGAUUAUAAUGGUACAUUUUAGUCAGAAAUCCUGAUAAGCCCCCCACUAGAUCUGCCCUUGAUUGUAUUCAGUAGAAUUGUGUCCUGGGUAUUUCCAGUUUAAUGACUAAACACCACUGAAGUAAAAAUUCUGAAAUAAUACAUGUAUAUAUUUUCAUAAAUAUUAGGCCUAUGAUUUUACUCACAUUUUUUAGAAAUUGUUAUUGGUUGAACUAGUCACGUUAUAAACAAAGAAAAAAUUGAUUAUAAAUUUUUAUAUUACGUUUUAGUAUUUCUUUCAUGCUAUCCAUUCAUGGUCUAUAAGUUUUAACAAAGUUUUAAUAUUUCAAUAGCAUUUCAUUUUAACAAAGUUUUAAUAUUUCCUCUUUGUCCAUCCAUCCAUUUAUGGUCUAUACCAGUGAUCCUCAACCAGUGUGCCGCGGCACACAGAUGUGCCUCGAGAUCUUCCUAAGUGUGUCGCGAUAUUUUGAACGGCACACUAAGAAAAUGCAAAAAACCAUGUGAUCCUAACUGAGUAUUUACUGGAGUCUACUGAUAAGUUCGUAGCUGUGUUGUUCUUUAUUUAGUUUGUCAUUCUAUGUGUCUCUGACUAGUCUCUGUCUACGGUUGUAUUACCAUGUUUUAUUUUGCAAAAUUCCAAUAAUUUUCAUAUAUAUUUAGCCAGGUGUGCUGCUAUUUUUCCCAUGUGUGCCAAGGUGUGCUGUUGGCACAAAAAGGUUGAAAAUCACUGGUCUAUAAGUUUUAGUAUUUCAUGACUUACUUCUCUCUAUCCAUCCAUGGUCUAAAAGUUUUAACAAAGUUUUAGUAUUUCUUUAGCCUUAUCUCUCUGCCUGCCAUCCAUCUAUUCAUGGUUUAAAAGUUUUAACAAAGUUUUAGUAUUUUGUUACAUCUCUAGUCAUCAGUCUCAUUGUAUAUUUUCAUCAUAUAUAUUUGUAUAUAAAUGUACAUCAAAUGUGUAGAUAAAAAUAAUGGUUU